AUGCGAGAGGGUGUUGAAUUUGCAACAGCAACUAGUUUGAAAUCCAGAAACAAACUGGGAAAUGUUGCCGCCGCUGAGCCUUCAUCGUUAUCUCCACAGAUAUCCGAUCACAGCAACGAUGCUGGAAAUAAAUCAAACAAUCAUUACAAGGAAAGAUUGUCUCCCUUCAGAUACAAAUUGCGAUUGCUCAUGUUGCCAUUGAUUCGACAAGAAACUAUUUAUUUAGCAAAGAUGCAGUCAUUUUUACGAUGUUCUGUUUUUGACUUUUAUUUUGCAUGGACAGCAAAUCUUGCCAGCCACACAUUCUAUGUUUUGAUGUUGCCGCCGCCAAUAUGGUUUGGAGGGGGUUAUUUGAGCAGAGAUUUGGUGUAUGUUCUAGGGCUAGGCAUUUAUUUUACUGGAUUUUUGAAAGAUUUCUUUUGCUUACCCAGACCACGAUCACCACCAUUGCACCGUAUCACUAUGUCAUCAUACACUACACAAGAAUACGGGUUUCCCUCAUCUCACCUGGCAAAUGCCACAGGUGUUUCAUUGUUAUUGCUAAUAAAAAUACUUUCUCUAGAGAAUGUGUCUAACAUCACUUACUACUUGUUAAUACUAGGCUUGUCGUUGUAUUACAUUUCAUUAAUAUUUGGACGAUUAUACUGUGGCAUGCACGGAUUUUUGGAUGUCAUUAUCGGCGGCUUAGUAGGUCUGUUUGUGUUUUUGUUUAGACACUAUUUUGGGCUACAAUGGGACGAAUUGUUGUUUGACAAUGGUUUGGGGAUUGUCGGCAGUGCUGUAAUAAUAAUUGCUGUAUUUGUUCUGUUGAUCCAUUUUCAUUCAGAGCCAGUCGACGACUGCCCCUGUUUUGACGACUCAGUGGCAUUUGUUGGAGUAUUAAUUGGAUUGGACUUGGCUCACUUGGUGGCUUAUCACACAAAGUAUUUUGCAAAGAUGAACUCGACUGGAAAUCCUUAUUUGAUUCCAUUUGAUGUCAACCGUGGAAUAAUAGUGUCGAGCCUCAGAUUCUUAUUAGGGGUCGUUUUGGUUGUGACAUGGAAAACAUUGGCCAAACCAAUUGUUUUCACGAUUUUACCUCCUAUUUACAAAGCUGUUGGUGUGUAUUUACCACGAAGAAGCUAUAUCUCAACUGCCCACACACAGACAUCAACUCGAAAAAUUAGAUCGACGUCUAUGUCUAAUGACUCCAAUAUGGGAAUUGGUGAUAUAAACAGCUUCAUCAAGGGUGUUACUGAUCACAAUAAAAAAGACGAGGUGGGACCAGAAACAGAAAUUGAUUACUAUGAGAUGCUAUCUUACAACCAGAAUCAAAGUAGUGACAGCACACCGAUUCAAACACCACCAAAAUACAACAGUGGUGUGUUUAAGUAUCGUUAUGAUGUAGAAAUUGUUGGAAGAUUGAUUAUAUAUGCGGGAAUAUCAAUUACCGCAGUAUGGACUUUUGCAUUUGCAAGUGACUAUCUUAAUUUAUAG